AUGGCAAACAGAAGAACCCUCAACGAGCAGACACAUGGUUCCGGUCGCAAGGGCGCUUUGAGCGUCUCUUCGGUACUUUCUAAUUCCUCAUCGAAUACAAACCUGGCCCCUUUCGAAGGCUUAGCGCCGGAUGAAGUGUCGUUCAUAGAAGCAAUCAUUUCUCGGGUUAACCCAGCCGUCACGACGUUUGUCCCAGUAUUCAAGGCUUAUCAAGACGAAUUUGAAGAGUGUGGGCGAAGUGCAUCCGAUGACCAGUUUUACUACAACUUGCUGUUGAAGCUGGGUAUGAUUCGCGCGGAAAACUGGCACGAGAAAUGGAGGAUAGCUCGACUAUCAGACAAGGCGGAAAGUACCAACCCAAGGACGACGAAGACGAUGCUUUUACCCUUCACUUCGCAAGCUGGCUCGGCCACGAACAAUACUUCCCCAGGUUAUAAGGCUCUAGUCACACCGAAACAACCAAAAGCGACUCGUACAAACUAUCUCGAUUCACAGACGGAAUCCACUCAACCUUCCUCGUCCAAUACACGAGGACUCUCCUCUAUCCUUCGGGAAUCUGGCCAUCGUCGGUCUUCAUCAGCAACCACCAAAUACGAAGAAAAUGCCAUUGAGAUUGACCGACCUACACACGUUAAAUCCAAACAAGCAGGCGUCCGUUCCACCGCACCAAGAUUGUCUUCAACAUCUUCGAAGCCAGUGUCGACAAGAGAUGAUGCUGAGACGUGGAGAAUAAUCGAAAUGGAGCGAGAUGCAGACUUGUUCCGACGCGAGUCUCUCAUGGCUCGGUGUCUCGACGUCUGGAUCAAAGGGCUCAAGUGGGUAGAAGCCACGUCUACACAACUGGAUAAUGCCCGGACUGAGUUCUUACUCCGAUCUAUCCUAAAUAUAUGGCGAGUCAAGGCGGAAGCUGCGAUGAAAGAGACCAAAAAGGCCUCUGUCAUGCAUCGCUUGCGAGUGUUAAACUCGGCUCUGUUCACUUGGAGGCGUCGCGCAUGGGAGAAACGCCGACAGAGAUGGGCCAAGGACAUGCGAGGUCUCAUGACGGUCAUGCAAAGCAAGGUUCAGCAACGACUGCUACAGCAAUACCUUCUGUAUUGGAGACAGGCCCAGACGAUUCGCUCCACGGGACGUCAAUACGAUGCAGGACUUCUUCGUCGGUCUCUCAUCACUUGGUGCAGUCGGUUGCGGCGUUUAUCGGACUUGAGUCGCGACGCAGACAAGCUGAAGGAAAUUAACAAUGCCGUCGUAAUUGAAAAGGCACUGGCAACCUGGAAGCGUCAAACUCACUUUAGGAUUGUCACAAACCUAUUGAGGAAGCGGCAGUCGGAACGCAUCCAGUGGCAAUAUCUUCAAUUCUGGCAGCAGAAGACUCAAAUCUAUUCCGUAGCUGGAGGCUUUAGUGACGCUCGAAUCCUUCGUGAGACUCUACGGAAGUGGGUUCGCAGAAGGGCUCGGUUGCAGUAUAUGGAACGCCGAGCAAUUGCACAUCAAAACAAGCCUCUCGUCCGUGCCGUCGUUCAUAUAUGGCUCACAAAAUCCCGCCUACAAAAGUGUUUAAUCAUACAGAACCACCGUGUAUUGUCCAAGGCACUCGAUGCGUGGAUUGCGCGACUCCAGCAACAUCGCGACAUGCAGCAGCAGGCUCUGGUCUUCCGACACCAGCACGACAGUAGACUGCUCGGUGACUAUACCAGGAAAUGGGCCCUCGAGUUAGCCUCUCAAAUGCGUUUGGAGAGAAGGGCCCGACGAUACUAUGAAUCGACCCAAAAGGCUAUGACUUUGAUCCGCUGGCGAACAAAGAUGAAACAGAAUGCACGAGCGGGCAAGAAUGCCAAGUUGGCUCGUCGCAUCUUUCUCGAGAGGAUGGUUUGGCAGAGAUGGAGAGAGGCAUUUGAACGCAAACAAACGGAAAGAAAACUGGCAAUGUUUGUCAAUCAUCGCCUUGGCGUCAUCAUCAAGAGAUGGUCCUCCAAAGCGAAAGCGAUGAGAAACCUGAAGAGAAAGGGAGAGGUUGUGCUUCUUACUCAGCAAUCACGAAUACUACGCGAGGCAUUGAGGGCAUGGACCCUGCGUGUGGUUUUCUUGAAAGAUCGAGAGUACAGUAUCCUGCAAGCGCGCAAGGAAAAGCUCCUUCAUCACUUCUUUAUCAAGUGGAGGAGAUCGUUGGAUCAGCAUAGGGAGAAUACCAGCUUAAUGCAAAGUUUCCAAGAUGUCCGCAGAGAAGACCUGAUCCGCCGUGUCCUUGGUCAAUGGCGACAUGCAACACGGCGACAGCGAUCUCUUCUGGUCAGAGAGGAAGAGUUUAAGAAGGCCAUAUUGCUUCAAGCACUUGAAAAAUGGCGAGACAAAUUCUUGGAGAUUAGUCUUCAGCCAAUUGAGUCGGAUGUUUUGAUGUUAUCGCAGACAAACCUAUUAUUCAAGAUGUUCCGUCUCUGGGAAGCUCGAACCACCUCGGUACCGGCAAUCCGCUUUCGUGCCUAUUACUUACGAGCACAUGCUUGGGCAAAGUGGAAGGCGGCUAUGCCUGGUGCAAUGAAGCGCAAAGAGGCCAGAGAACACGACCAGCGCAAACUUGUUGGUCGUGCAUUCGCCAGAUGGAAAGAAAAGUACAGGUCAAAGAUAGCUCUCAAGGCUGUCGCCCGAGCGCGAUACUUGCGUCUUCCACCCGCCCCACCCAAGCCUUCCACAUCUCGCCUCAGUAUCGGAAUACCAAAGAAUCCUCCAAGGUCCUAUCGUUCCGCCAGCCCAGAACGAGAGCCUGUUUCACGACGUGUGUCAGCAGUAUUUCCCCCUCGAGCAGAAUCGAACCGUGCACCCAGUCCUACUUCCACCAAGGGUAGUCUUACUGGAUUGGAUCUUCCUAAAAGGAGACCGCUGUUUGGUGCACCAUCGAGUAUUGAAGAUCCCGCUCAUCGCUAG